AUGGGAGAGACAGCUUCUCCGGCUACAUCCACCAUCGACGACCAUUUGCUUCUCAAGAACUUCUUUGCCGAAGUCAGCGAAGCCGAGAGGGACAACGAAGUCGCUAGGAUUCUCUCUUGUUUUAAGUUGAAUCCAUUUGAGUAUCUAAAGCUUCCAUUUGAAUCAUCACCUGAUGACGUGAAAAAGCAGUAUCGCAAGUUGCCUUUGAUGGUUUGCCCUGAUAAAUGUGAGCAUCCACAAGCAAAAGAGGCUUUUGGAGCCCCAGCAAAAGCCCAACAAUUAUUACUAGACCAAAAAAAAGUGAGUUAA